AUGUCAACUUGUCCAGUCUGUGGUGAAGUGCAAAACGCCGACCAAGGUGCUUUCGCCUAUCAUGUAAACUCGCAUUUCGAAGCUGGACCAUCAACACCCGCACCCCCUAUCAACACAUCCCAGGAGAAGCCUACAAUGCACAAAGCAGGAGUAAACAACGAGUCAGAUACAUGUCCAAUAUGUGAUUUCCCACUAUCGUUCCUCUCGCCUACCGAAGCUCAGACCCACGUCAACGGGUGUCUGGAUGGACCACCCUUGUCUCCCCAAGCAUCGCUCAAACGACGUCGGUCAAUAGCAUCUAUCAGAGAUGACGAGGAAGAACUGGAUCUGGAUUAUGAUUUUACAGUCAAUACCACUUCGAGCUUACAGAAUAGAAGGGAUGAACAGGCGGAUGAUGAAGGGUGGGAUGGACCGGCUAGACCUGGAGGAUGGAUGGAUUGGACGGGAAGGAAGGUGGAAAGAGGUGAUCAGUGGUGGGAUCCUAUCAGUGGCUCGACUGCGGAUAUACCAAGUAAUUUCUCACCUGGUGUCAUACCAAUCCUCGCUCAGACAUUACGGAAAGCUUCUCAUCACGGUAUAACCCGACAAGCAGUCCUAUGCAGGGAUAUAACGCAUAUCAAGGGAAUAUGGAAAUUCGAUAUGGGAUGGGGCUGUGGAUAUCGAAAUGCUCUAAUGUCAAUAUCCUCCUUACUCUCUAUACCGACUUAUCAGCCAAUAUUCGAUAGGCAGAAUAACGGUGCAGAGCUUGGCGUGAGGAGGGUACAAGGAUGGAUACAAGAGGCUUGGGAAGAAGGGUACGAUCCGGAAGGUAAAAAGCAAUUAAAGGGUAAGAUAUUAGGUACGAGGAAAUGGAUUGGUCCGUCCGAUUUAUAUGCCAUGUUUACGUACAAGGGUAUACCAUGCGAAUUAUACGAUUUCCCCAAACCAAAAGAUACGAAAGAUGGAUCUAGGACUGCACAUAUAGCAUUGCAGAGAUGGGUUAAAGCGUAUUUUUCGGAUGGAAACGAACACCAGUUCAAUGGAGAUAGCAGAUCCGCUUUCGACGUCUUGAUGCGUACCCAAGAUGGAGGAGUCGGGAGGGGCGAGGUGAUCAGAACAUCCAAGAAAUUCCCACUUAUCCUUCAGCACUCUGGCCACUCAAGGACCAUUAUAGGGUACGAAGAGAAUUCAAGGGGUGAUAUCAAUUUGUUGCUGUUUGAUCCAGGAAGAUCGAUGCCUAAGGAUAUCCGAUCUACAGCCAUAUCUUCUCUCUCUCAAACUCGUCAUCUACCCUCGUCCUCACAAUCACCACAAAUACAUACCGACCACUCUACCUCUUCAUCGUUUAGACCUAACAUACUUAAAAAGCGAUCAUCAUCCAUUUCAGCCACGCACGAACCUGCUCGACCAUUCUCCCCUCCCUAUACGAAUGGACGAGCAGAGAUUGAUUAUUCUACGAGUCAAUUUAACCUUAACCUUAACUUAUCGCAUGAGGAUCAAGCCAGUCAUCCGAGAGGUGGAGUCACCCUUCCACAUCCAAAGUUGGAGGACGAUGAGGAAAUUAGUUCGAGUGGCUGGGUACGUAAGAAAUUAUCAAAAGUGAAACCGACUACCUCAAAAGAAGGGGGAGCAGAAGGAUUGGAUGUCAUUAGAACUUUGAAUUAUUUCAGGGUGAAUCUGAGUAACUUAUCGAAACAUACUGAAUAUCAAGUGUUGGCUUUUACAGGACAAGGUGUAUUGGAUUUGUGUGAGAGGGAGAGGAGGAAAUUGGUUAGUAGUACUGUUGUUAGGGCGUAG